GCGAAACUCUGUUUGGCUGCUGAUUCUCUAACGCUCAUUUUCUUUCCCUUCUCCCCCAAGGCGAGGGACACUUUGGGCUAACUCUGAGGAGGCCGAGGCACUCGCAGCAUCCUCUGAUCACUCUGCGCUUCAGCUGAAGUGUUCUGACACCGUUAAGUGUCAAGAGUUGAUCAAACUUCAGUUUAUUUUUGAUAUUUUGAGGAGGGAAAGAUGGAUUAUGUCAAUGGACCUGGAAGGAACCAUCUCUUUGUUCCGGGACCAGUCAAUAUCCCAGAUCAGGUCAUUCGGGCAAUGAACAGAAACAAUGAGGAUUACCGUUCUCCUGCUAUUCCAGCAAUGACAAAAACCCUUCUUGAGGAUGUUAAGAAGAUUUUCAAGACAACUUCUGGAAUCCCUUUUCUGAUCCCCACUACAGGUACUGGUGCAUGGGAAAGUGCACUUACAAAUACGUUAUCCCCCGGUGAUCGAAUUGUAUCCUUCCUGAUUGGCCAAUUCAGUUUACUCUGGAUUGAUCAGCAGCAACGCCUCAAAUUCAACGUUGAUGUUGUAGAAAGCGACUGGGGCCAAGGAGCUAAUCUUGAUAUCCUGGCUUCAAAACUUGCAGCUGACACUGCACAUACCAUCAAGGCCAUUUGCAUUGUUCACAAUGAGACAGCGACUGGAGUUACUAACAAUUUAGCUACUGUAAGGAAGAUACUUGAUACCUACCAGCACCCAGCACUCUUUCUUGUUGAUGGAGUGUCAUCUAUCUGUGCUCUUGACUUCCGGAUGGAUGAAUGGGGUAUAGAUGUAGCUUUAACUGGUUCUCAGAAAGCUCUCUCUCUUCCCACUGGAAUGGGUAUUGUAUGUGCUAGUCCCAAAGCUCUAGAUGCAACCAAAACUGCAAAAUCAGUUCGAGUUUUCUUUGACUGGAAUGACUACUUGAAGUUCUACAAGUUUGGAACAUUUUGGCCAUACACCCCUUCCAUCCACCUGUUGUAUGGGCUGAGAGCAGCUUUAGAUCUCAUUUUUGAGGAAGGACUUGACAAUGUGCUUGCAAGGCACAGCCGGUUGGGCAAAGCAACAAGGCUGGCUGUGGAAGCAUGGGGCUUGAAGAACUGCACACAGAAGGAGGAAUGGUUCAGUGACACAGUCACUGCUGUGGUGGUUCCUCCAUAUAUUGAUAGUGCAGAAAUUGUUAAAAGGGCAUGGAAGAGAUACAAUUUAAGCUUGGGUCUGGGCCUGAACAAAGUAGCAGGAAAGGUUUUCAGAAUAGGUCAUCUCGGCAGUCUAAAUGAGUUGCAACUGUUGGGUUGUCUUGCUGGAGUAGAGAUGGUUCUUAAGGAUGUGGGUUACCCAGUUAAGCUGGGAAGCGGAGUCGCAGCUGCCUGUGCAUACCUGCAAAACAGCACUCCCCUGAUUCCUUCCAGGAUUUGAUUCCCAAUCCAUGUAACUAUUUAUUUUAUCAUUACCUUUAGGUUACUCUGAAAAAAAUGCAUAAUUUCCCUUCUAUGGUUGCACUCUUUGAGGCACAUGCGCAGCGACGCCAACAUCUCAUUAGUUCUUGUGCUAUCCUGUAUCUGAAGUUCAUAAUCAAUCAGUUGGCAAAUAGAACCUAGUGUUUCAAAGGUGCACAAAGAGCAAUAAGCGAGGCCAUUGUGCUUAGAUGACCACUAGUUGUUUACUUGAACUCUCUUUGUUUUUUCCUUUGGUUUUUAUUUUGUGCAUUUCCUACAGAUAUAGGCAAGUUAUGCUUUGAGCUAAUGCCUGAUUAAUUUGAAGCGACUUGCUACAGUUAUUUGACCAUGAGAUUCGAAAUUGUCAUUUUGUCAUCUUGGGUUUAUAACUUCCAUGUUAUUAUAAAAAUAAAGAGUAAUGAGCUAUACAAGAGGACUAGCCCUUUGCCCCUUCCCCACAUUCAUAUGCAAUCCAGUCCUUAUGACGCCAUUGUAGAUGCUGAGCCUUCAGCACCAAUCCUUGGAGACAUCAAUAUUCAGAAUUUAGGCAUCCUUUCCCCCUCAUUUUUAGUUAUUUACAAGUUGUUCUUAACCACUUUUGCUUCCCAUCUUCUGAAAGUAACAUUUAUCCUCCACGCAGGCUUCUUUUUUACAGACAGAGGUCCAUGCCUUUUUUCUUCAUCUCUUUUCCCUAGCCAUGGAGCCAUUCUCUUUCUUUUGGGAUCAAAUCUAGCAACUGAGGACCAGCCUUGUUCCUCUUAUACCCCUCCAUUUCUAAUUUUCUGCCCGAGCAACUUAUCCUUGACUUGCUUGUAUUAGGAGGCUUUGAUCUUUAAUGCUUCAUAUAUGCCAUAUGAUAAGUUGGCUUUUAUUUAUAGUUUAUAGUUGCUACAUCAUAUUGAUAUGAUGCACAAUCCCUAAAACGCUACACUUAGUGCAUGAGGCUGUCACACCAUAUCAAGGUCUGGGGAUAUACACAGCCUUAACCUACAUUACAUUGAGUGUUUUCAUGACUGGAACUUCUGUAAGUUUUCGUGCAAUGCCCUUACCAUUGGGUCAAUGCUUGCCAAAAUUUUAUAUCAGAUUAUUUAUAGGCAUAAAUAUAUCUUGAAUUAUACCUCUUGUUCUGUUUUAUUAGGCAUAAGUAAUUUGUCAAAUAUAAAUUUGCGUCUCAUGAAUAUCCUGUAAAUUUAUUUGCGGUGUUCUGAAUAGUCAUUAUUUUGUGCCAUUGCCCCUUGUAUAUAAGUAGUAGCCAAUGGGAUAUUUUUAAAAAUAUUCUUCUAGGGGGGAUUUGGAGCCAAUGAGGUUCUUCAUAUCAUUUUUAGUAAUCAUGCAGCGCUCUUGUUCUUUUUUGCUGUGUUAUGUGUCUGAAAAAUAGAAGCACCCAAAUGCUGGAAUGCUUAGAAUCUAAUUUUAUUAAUUUUCUAUUUUUCAGUUGCAGCUGUGUUGGGUUGUCUUGCUGGAGUGGAGAUGGCUCUGAAGGAGAUGGGCUACUCAGUUAAGAUGGGAACUGGAAUCGCACCUGCCCGUGCAUACCUGCAAAAUAGUGCCCCAAUUAUCUCUUCCAAGAUUCGACGCUCAAUCCGUGUAGCUACUUUUUUUUGCAAUUUGCUUUGAGGUACUCUGUAAAAAAAAAAAAAAAUUAAUAAUUUCCCUUCUCUGUUUGCACUCUUUGAGGCUUAUAAAGUUGCAUAUACAUUAGUUCUUGUACAAUCGUGUAUCUGAAAUCUCUUCAACAAUUUGAUAUGGCCUUGUCUAGCAUAUGUUGAACUUCAAA